AUGGCCAGACGAACGAAAACGUUACUCCCAAUAAGUGAUACAUUGCUCAAACCAUCUGUCAUCGAGCCCAGUGAAGUUACGAAACGCUUAUCACAUUAUCGACAGCAAAGCAAAAAGUACUAUGACCGCACAGCUAAACCUCUUCCAAAUUUGCAAAAGGGAGAUGUGGUGCGGGUCACAGACAUCAAAGGGAAAUACAUGAAAAAAGGAACUGUAAUAAACGAGACAAGUUAUCCAAGGUCCUACAUGGUAAAUAUAAAUGGACGAAACUAUCGAAGAAAUCGUCGCCAUCUUCUGAAAGUGAAAGAAGAACCAGAUAGUGAGCAUGAAUACGACACAAUCGUAGAACCGAUCAAUCAGCAAGAAACCAUCGUAGAACAAACCAAUUGGCAAGAAACAAUCGUGAAACCAAGCCAAGUUACAGAUCACCAAGAUGACCACGAGAGACAACAUGGUUUACCAAGAUCUCGUUUUGGAAGAGUUAUCAAACCACCUGAUCGCUUGAACCUUUGAAUCGAACUGAAACUCCAUAACUCAUAGUGAUAUAUACCUCAUGAUCGAAACAAAAAAAGAUGUAAUAUAGUUAAUAUAUUCGUAUUAUUUAGUUAAUAUAUUCAUACGCCCAGUUUGACAUUUGAGAUGAUUAAUGACUCUGGAGCAGACAAAUAUAUAUCAAGUAGCAGUCGAACACGAACAGAGAUUACCUUAUAUUUAAUACUUAGAAACUAGUUAAUAAAAUACAAGAUAAAUUUUAUAUUAGAAUCGUGUACUGCAUUUAACGACACGUCUCUUUCGAAUUUUAUGCUUUCAGAAUCAGUUAAGUUUAUAUAUUCUAGUAUAUUGCUAUUUGAUGAAGCCAUAUUUUAGUAUUUAUUCAAUUUAUUUUGAGGAAGGUUUGAAAACUUUAAAUUUUACCCGGAGGAAGUUUGAACAUGCAUGUUUUGCAACUCUGGCGCCGGAGCACCGGCGGUUUUUGGUCAGGCGAAGCCGGGGAUGUAGUGCAAGUCAUGUCUGAAAUCUAUCCAUGCAUGAUCUAUCUGGGCAUGACCUAUAUGUGCAUGAUCUAUCUGUACAUGAUCUAUCUGUGCAUGAUCUAUCUGUGCAUGAUCUAUCUAUCACAGGAAGAGUUGUAAAUCGCAAGCGUCAUACUUUGAUAAGCUGCAGCACCUCUUUUAGUCUGUUUAUCUUGGGGGCAACAUUGAGUCGAAUAAUAUCCACCAUUAUCCGGUUAUAAACUUCAUCCCGUGUGUUGUGAACCGACACAAUCGGAGCCAGAGAUUUGAAAUGCAAAGCAGCCUGAGCUGAAAAGCUGGAGUUUGCAUGCACAGCACUAUAUAGCAUUUGUAUAACACGCGAAAAAAUCUUUUUCUGUUAUGAGAAGCUAAGAAAAAUUAAGCCAUACUCCGCGCGUGCAUGUUGAUCACUGCACAAAUAAUCUGUCUACUAUAAAAUUUGCGUAAUGUUUACCUAGUAUUUACACUACAGUAUAUAUAUGAGAGAGUUGUCAAAACCAGAGUAAAUAUAAUAUAGGGUGACUUACCUCAAAUCUUCACUACUGUACAAUCAUGUGGUUUCAGGGUGAAACCAUUCCUAUAGUAUACUAGCAUGAUAUUUACAUAUUUUAAAAUAUAUUGUAAAUUGUAUUAUAUUGUAAAAAUAUCACAUGCAACAACAGUUGAAAAUAUAGUGUAUUGUUAUAUAGCUACUGUGAAUACCAAACGUGAUUGGCUCAUUUGUGGUCACGUGACUUCGGUAUAAAUGCAAUGUAUCCUGCCGGCAACCAGAGGAUGAAUGUUGUUGAAUGUUGAUUUCUGUUCGUCGCUAUAUAACAAAACACUUAAUGUCUGUUCUCUCGGGAAAUAGUUAGUUUUGUUUUCCCUCGAUUCACAAAGUUUCCCUCGACUUCGUCUCGGGAAACAUCGAGACUCUCGGGAAAACAAAACAUUAUAUAAUACCUUAUUGAAUUCUGAUCGUUUAAUUGGCCGCGUGAUAUUGAAUAGAAAAUUCCAUUUCCACUCUUGCGAGUGCAAUUGUACUAUACGUUUUAUUCCAUUGCACUCUUUGUGUUUUCGAUAAAUCGCAUCCGUCAAAAUGCUUCUCGUACGGUGAUCGCAGUUUAUUUUAACCCGAUAUUCGAAACUUAGUAAAUGGGAUUUAAUGCAAAUACGACUCGUCAAAAUGGCGGGAGCUUACAGUAAACCUUUUAAUAUUUGUCUAAUUUGGUAUUAUAUAAAACAAAUCAUGAAUGUUUUUAUUCGUGCAAUGGUAAGAAUAUUUUCAUUCGGUGAAAGAAGGAAUGUUCCAUUCAACUCGGCUGUCGCCUCGUUGAAUGGAAUUACAUUCCAUCUUUCACCUCAUGAAAAUAUUCUUACCAUUGCACGAAUAAAAACAUUCAUUAUUUGUAUAAUAUUAUUCAGAAUGCAAAGAAUGGCGCGGCCAUGCGCUAUGCAUGAUCGUAUAGACAUGCUUUUGAUUGCUCUUAACUCGUUGUAGAACCUUACUCAGAAUACAUUGUUACAGUGAACGCUGUUACUAAUGGUGGAAUUGGCUCUGCUGAGGGUAAAGUAAACCGAACCGAACAAUCAAGUAAGUAUACACAAACAGAGAGAGAAAACCUUGCCUGUACAUAUACCGCAAAAACCUCCGACUAUAAGCCCUGGGCUUAUAUUCUUUCGUAAGCGAUUUUUGAUGUGCUUAUGCAAGGGCGGGUGGAUGUUAUAUACGGGGGGCAUAUACAUGGACGAUCUUUUGUGUUAGUAUAAACAAGUCAGUCAUAAACAGGAAAAUAAACAUGUAUUAAUUUGAUUAACAUGGUAAGCUAUGAAGACAAUGACGAUGUUUUUAAAUAUCGUUCUCUGCUAUAUCAAAGCUCUGUUCUCUGAUAUCGUUCUCUGCUAUAUCAAUAUCGUUCUCUGCUAUAUAAAGCUAGUGGUGGGCUACUGGGCUUAUAUUCCGGGGGGGGGCUUAUAUUUGGAAUGAGGUGAGCUUUAGGACAUGUAGGGGACUUAUACACGGGGGGGAGCUAAUUAUAUUCGCGGGGUUUAUGUGCGGAGGUUUAUGGUAUUUACUUUUUUGCAGGUAUUAACCAAAAUUAAUUUGCAAUUAGCGAGCGGAGCGAGCAACCGGAACAUGGAUCCGAAUUGGAUGCCUGCCUGCAUGUACCUGACAUACGUUCAGACUGGAACAUCACGCAGUUGAAUGCAAGAAAUUGAUUUUCUCAAUCUAUUUCAUUGAUAUUUUUAAUUAUUUAUUUUUAUUUGGUACCCUAUCAAGUAUUUUUCUUUUAUUAUAAUUAGCUAAGUUUUCUUCUGAUAUAUUCAGACAAUCUGUUCUCCAAAUGCCUCUGAGGGGAUAGCUUUAAAAACCGGUUCGGGCUGGAAAUACAUGAAUACAGAUAUCCCGAACGAUUUCUCUUUUAUUUGUGCAAGUAGACUAAGUAACUAAUUGUCUUUUUGUGUUUCUCCAUAGCACCUGGUAAGCCUGGAAACGUUCAGCUGGAACGUAUUUCAUCAACAGAACUCUAUCUAACCUGGACGUCACCAUCUGACCCUAACGGGGUUAUUAUCGGAUACAGGAUUGUCUGGAGCAUUUUGAGAGAUGACAAGAAUAUGUCUGUUUCUAACAGUGUUUCAAAGACUGAAAUCAUAAAUAAUGGGAAUGCAGCAUCGUUUCGGAUAGACAAAUUAGGUAAGCAUGGUGGUGCAGGUGACUUUGCAAUACUUUUUAUAUCAUCUUGUAAAUGCCGGUGGUACAAACAAAAUUAAUAAAGAAACCCUAAGAUUGACGUUUACAGAAAACUGCUGGUAUAAGAAUAAUUUUCCAAUGAUUCAUAUGUUUUUAUAUAUGCAUGAGAUCAUAUUGGAAGUGCAAUAAGCAAUUUUUAUGACAAGAAAAAAACUGGAAUCCUCGCUGUAAAAUUCAUGCUCUCCGGUAGAAAGGUCAAAACGUUUGAUAAGAGCUUCACAUUUUGUAUGUGUAUAUGCAGUUUUAUAUACCGCGUGCGUGUAUAUAACUCAUUUAUCUUUUCAGAACCUUAUUCGGUGUACAGCGUAUCUUUAAAUGCCAUGACAAGUGUUGGAAAUGGUACAAUAGUUACUCUCGCAGCUCGAACCAACGAAUCAAG